GCGGACUGACGGACGGCGGGACGCGGGGACGCGGCAAACAAGGUCAUUAUCCAAGUGUUAGAGGUGGUGGAUCAUCUUCAUAGAGGGGAGUCAGUCGCUGCAAUACUCCGUAACCGAUCUCUAGUGGAAGAGGAGGACCAGCACAUGAAAUUGUCCCUUGGAAGCAGCAAAAUGGGUCUCUCAUCCCAUCUGCAGUCUUCCAAGGCAGGGACCACACGCAUCUUUACCAGCAAUACCCACAGUUCGGUGGUGUUACAGGGCUUUGACCAGCUUCGACUUGAAGGAUUGCUUUGCGAUGUGACGAUGCCUGGUGACACAGAUGACGCCUUCCCUGUGCAUAGAGUCAUGAUGGCCUCGGCUAGUGAUUACUUCAAGGCAAUGUUCACAGGUGGAAUGAAAGAACAAGAUUUAAUGUGCAUUAAGCUUCACGGUGUGAGCAAAGUCGGCUUAAGGAAAAUUAUUGAUUUCAUUUAUACUGCAAAGCUUUCUCUUAACAUGGACAACCUUCAGGACACCCUCGAAGCUGCCAGUUUUCUUCAGAUUCUGCUGGUUUUGGACUUCUGCAAAGUAUUUCUCAUAUCUGGGGUCACUUUAGACAAUUGUGUCGAAGUUGGUCGGAUUGCCAACACCUACACUCUGACAGAAGUGGAUAAAUAUGUCAACAGUUUUGUCUUGAAGAAUUUUCCCGCAUUGCUGAGCACUGGGGAGUUCUUGAAGCUCCCUUUUGAGCGUCUUGCCUUUGUGCUUUCCAGUAAUAGCCUUAAGCACUGCACUGAACUUGAGCUCUUUAAGGCUACCUGUCGCUGGCUACGCCUAGAAGAGCCUCGGAUGGACUUUGCUGCCAAAUUAAUGAAGAACAUACGAUUUCCACUGAUGACACCGCAGGAGCUCAUCAAUUAUGUGCAAACCGUGAAUUUCAUGAGAACUGAUAAUACCUGUGUGAAUCUCCUUUUGGAAGCCAGCAAUUACCAAAUGAUGCCAUACAUGCAGCCAGUGAUGCAGUCAGCCAGGACUGCCAUUCGCUCUGACACCACUCAUUUGGUCACACUCGGAGGAGUUCUGAGGCAGCAGCUGGUUGUCAGCAAGGAAUUGCGCAUGUAUGAUGAAAAGGCCCAUGAAUCGAAAUCGUUAGCCCCCAUGGAUGCCCCGCGGUACAAGCAUGGCACUGCUGUCAUUGGAAAUUUCCUCUAUGUCGUCUGCGGACAGAGCAAUUAUGACACAAAAGGAAAAACAGCAGUCGAUACGGUCUUCAGAUUUGAUCCUCGCUACAAUAAAUGGAUGCAGGUCCCAUCUUUAAAUGAAAAGCGCACCUUUUUCCACCUAAGUGCCCUCAAAGGAUGUCUGUAUGCAGUCGGUGGGCGAAAUGCAGCUGGUGAACUGCCCACAGUGGAGUGUUACAAUCCAAGAACAAAUGAGUGGACCUAUGUUGCCAAAAUGAGUGAACCCCACUAGGGCCAUGCUGGAACUGUGUAUGGAGGAGUCAUGUAUAUUUCAGGGGGAAUCACUCAUGACACUUUCCAAAAGGAGCUCAUGUGCUUUGACCCUGACACCGACAAAUGGAUCCAGAAGGCGCCGAUAACCACGGUCAGAGGCCUGCACUGCAUGUGUACGGUGGGCGAGAGGCUCUAUGUCAUUGGCGGCAAUCACUUUCGAGGCACAAGUGAUUAUGAUGAUGUCCUAAGCUGUGAAUACUACUCAGCUAUCCUUGACCAGUGGACCCCAAUUGCUGCCAUGUUAAGGGGGCAGAGCGAUGUCGGGGUUGCAGUCUUUGAAAAUAAGAUCUACGUGGUCGAUGGGUAUUCCUGGAAUAAUCACUGUAUGGUGGAGAUAGUGCAGAAAUAUGACCCUGACAAAGAUGAGUGGCAUAAGAUGUUUGAUCUCCCAGAGUCCCUCGGUGGCAUCCGAGCUUGUACACUCACGGUGUUCCCGCCCGAAGAAACCACACCAUCACCUUCUAGAGAGUCCCCCCUUUCUGCACCUUAAGAUCAACCCCGCCCCGCGACUAAGAUGCUGUGUUCCUAUCUUUGCAGCGUGUCAUGAAUUCUCUUCUUUUGCGCCCCCUUUAGUAGUGUAUGUUAGGAUUAGCCUCCAGUAAUUGUUACAGAUAUUGGAAAAAAAAAAAAAGACAACAUUGAUGUUAUUUGUGCUGUUUCUUUGGCUUAGGGUGUUUAUAAAGUUGGUAACAAAACCAUUCUGGAAAUGUAUCCCAUUGAAGCUGAUGUUUAACAUAUAAAAACAAAACAAAACAAAA